AAUGUAAACUUUAUGUAGCAAACUUGAGCUGAGUGACACAGAUAUUAAGAAUACCUUGGCUAUGUUGUUACAUUGUGUUAUGACAGGUCAUAGCCAUGUAACUUGAGAAGAACCAUAUAUAGCAAACAGACGUGAACUUUCUAAGCCUCAGGGCUUGUGCUGACCUCGGUAUGCCUGCAGACUGCCGACAAGGGGUGAGUAAACGGCUAUCAAUUGUCGCCUAUCUGUGCAUCGGACAUUGUUGUGGCGUCUUGACUGGCCCAGGUCCGGUACCGACAGACCACGCGAUACAGAGACCUUAAAAUAAAACCCUAGCUUCUGCCAACUUGCUACGCACACGGGCUUGGCCGCAGCUUCGCCAUGGAAGUGAGAGUUGCGUCGCGAUGAUUUCUCGGUCGCGAGGAGGGAUAGAUCACGACCAUGUUGCUGGACAACGUCGUGAGUCUGCGGCGGUCCCUUGUCGGGGUCACCGGUAGGGUAAUUGCGGGGUUGUCUGUUUUAUGUCGUCAGUUGAAGUCGCAGGUUCGACAGAAAGCGAAUUCGAACGGGAAUGGCACUGCGGGCAGUCAUGUGAUGCAGAACGUACAUAAGAUGGCAGACGGAAGACAGAUGAUCGUGAAGGCGAGAUACGCCUUUCAGGGGACGGACGAGGAUGAACUGUCCUUCAAGAAAGGCGACAUCAUUACCAUAACACAGGUUGUUGAAGGAGGGUGGUGGGAAGGUGUACUGAAUGGACGUGUGGGCUGGUUCCCAAGUAACUACGUGAAGGAGGUCAAAAAUGUCCCAGGGGUUGUUCCCCAUCACGGUGACGUCAGGAUACGUUCUGGGGACCAGCAAAAACUUAUUGAUGUUGGACCACUGUCCCCCACACCAAAGAGCCCCCCAGCAGGUACGGGCAGAACUGCAGAGCAGAUCACUGUGCCAGCCAAGACUGCAGAAAGUGCCAGGAUGUACCACAACUUGGUUCUACAGAACAUCCUGGAGACAGAGAAGGCUCAUACUGAUGAGAUGCACACUUUCCUGGUCACAUACUUAAAGCCACUACAAAAUGCUGGAAUCCUGUCCAACCCUGAGUGUAUGAUGUUGUGUGGGAACCUGGAGGAUGUAGUCAACAUGCAGCAGGCCCUGCUCAAGAACCUCGAGGACUGUGCAAAGCUUCCAGGCCCUCAGCAGAGAGUAGGAGGAUGUUUUCUGAAGGUUGCAGGUCAGAUGAGAGCGCUGUACCAGGGCUACUGUGCCAACCACCCCAAGGCUGUCUCUGUUUUAUCUAGAAACAAUGAGGAACUGAACAGAUUCAUGGAGAACCAGGGAGCGCCCAGUCCUGGCCUGAUGACACUGACCACUGGUCUGAGCCAGCCCUUCCGCAGACUGGACAAGUACCCCACUCUCCUUAAGGAACUGGACAGACACCUCGAGGAGGGCCAUCCCGACAGAUACGAUGUACAACAGGCCAUACCAGUCUACAAGAAUAUUGCGAACGAGUGUUUGGAGACGAGAAAGCAGAAGGAGAUAGAGUUUGAGAUCAUGAACAGUGAAAUCAAAGGUUGGGAGGGGGAGGAGAUCUCCCAACUGGGCGAGGUCAUCCUCAUGUCCAUGGUGACUGUUCACACUGGGGAUGAGGAGAAGAAGGAGCGUUACUUCCUGCUGUUCCCUGGAGUCCUGCUGAUGUUAUCUAUCAGUCCUCGCAUGAGUGGCUUCAUAUAUGAGGGAAAGCUUGCCUUGUCUGGCUUGAAUAUUUCCAGAUUAGAAGACGUAGAUAACAUAAAGAAUGCUUUUGAGAUUUCAGGGAGUUUGAUAGAGAGAAUAGUGGUGACGACCAACUCGACCCGUGAGCAGGCAGAAUGGGCGACUCUGCUGCAGCAACAGACAAAGAUCUCCCCCGUCACCCCCGUGACCAGUAAACCGCCCCCCGUCCCUGCCAGCAGUAGAACACCCACCUCUACAUUACAGAGACAUCAAGUCCCACCUGCAAUCAAGGACACUGUCCUGUACAUUCAUGAGACGUCAAUGCCACCUUCAGGGAAGGUUCCCCCUGCCAAACAGCCUGACGUGAGCCGGUUGAAGCCCACCUCCCCGCCCCCUGCCAGCGUCAAGAUGCAGAAGCUGGAGCCGCCCCCCAGACAACCCGGGCCCUGGACGCUCAGCUGUCUCAGACCCGCACCCCCCCUCAGACCCUCGGCUGCACUACUUAUGAAGGAGUCCCGUAACUCAGGAAACAAGACUUGGAGCGUAGGCUGCUUGCCACCUGACAUGUUCAAGGGGCCGGCUGCUGCUCUGCUUACAGCUAGUGGGCAUCCUAAACAGGACCCCAACAGGAGUCCCAGGACAGUUAGGAGAUUGUUAACGUCUUCCAUGAGAAGAAAACAAGACAGAGCAAAACUAGAAGAAGAGUACCCUCCAGUAAGACUAAGUAGCGCGCAGUUGGAGGAGGAUGCAGCAGUGUUGAGGGUUAUCGAGGCUUAUUGUACCAGCACCAGUAAGAUGAGACAACAGAGCUUACUGAGCACAUCAAGCAGACAAGGACGUUUAGAACAGGCACCGCAAGUCUUGGUUCCUGAGGAAGAGAAAAUCAUAGUGGAGGAGACAAAGAACAACCAGACAGUGGUGCAGGAAAAUCACCGUGGCAGGGAGCAAGGGAGGAAAUUGCUCGGCUGGCUCCCGUUUUAGGGAAAAGAAACCAAAAGGCUUAACAAGGGUCUUGAGGAGGAGGUGAUGGCCAGGAAGAGAAUGGAGUCCAUCAUCCGCAAGUCCAUCAAGAGUUUAGCCGAGACUAAUUUUGACGAGACCAACUUGUGACUUCUACAAAAAAAUUAAAUAAAUGACUUCAAUCAUGAAAAUGGCAAGCCUGUAAAGAGGUAGUGUUCAAACAACAGUCUACAAGACAAUAUCCACAGCCAGCUAUGAUACAAUCUCAGUUCUUGUAAAAGAAAAAAAAUGUGGUUUGUUAUCAGUGCAAGUAGAUCUUGCACUUCUCCAUGACCCUAAAAGCCAUCUGGGGAAGAAGUUAACUUGCUGCUUCAUUUUUGUUUGGGAUGUGUACGUACAUGUAUGAUAUUGCAAUAAAACAGGUACUGUUCUUGGUAUUAAUGUUAACACAAAUUGGUCCACCUUUUCAGGCUUCAUGUAUGUUUACUCCUUAUUUUGGCAUUGUUCAAAGUAAAUUUUGCUAGUCUAGCAAGUAAAGGUUUUGUAAAAGCUGUGACAUGUAACAGUACUACAUGUAUGACAGCAGGAGUUUGAAAAUUGUAAAAACACCCCACAGAUGUACAUGUUGUACUCCACUGAAAAAAAAUAGCCAUUAAGAUGCAUUUCAUGUAAUUUUAGGGGAAAAAAUGACAAAAAAACAACACUCUUGCAUAACAUGCCAGGUUUGAAAAAAAAAGGAAAACAUAUUUCUGCUCUUGGCAUUUUGGGGAAGUUCAAUCAGGGUUUGGUUCAUAAGUUCAGACUUAAAUGUUUCCAUAUACUGGAAGGUCUGUUUCUUUAGUGCAUCUGCUGUUAGAUGCAAAGCUACAUUGAAUGUUUAGCAUGGCCACAGUACAGUUCUGGUCACUACUGGGUGUUGGGGCAAAACUCUUACAAAAAAACGAAAACAAAAACACAGAAGAAACAAUCUGCUUUUGUAAAGUUAUUGCAAGAUAAAAUGGGACAGCAAUUUAAUGUUUGUAUCUCUUACUGGCUGUGUUCAGGUAAUAUGGGAUGUUUCUAACUGGAUUCUUUAGUUUGUACAUUAAAAUUUCUUUGGGUAUGGAAUAUAUGCUUAUAGGGUUUUGUAUUAUACGGUUCCUUUCUAUCCAGUUGUAAAAUAAGUGGCAUUUUCUUAAAUGCAGUUGUAUGAAAGCACAUACAAUACAUGUUUGAGUUAUAUCAUCGUUGCAUUAAGGCCUUUGCCAUGAAUUAGUUUUUUUCCUAAUACAGCACUUUACUGUAUAUUCUGUAUGUCAGAGUAUCUUUGUAAUAGUUUCGCUUUAAUCAGUGCAAAAUCCCAUGCUGAAAUGUGUUAUAAAAAAAAGAAAUUUUGGUUCAUGUAUUAUCAAACAUCACAAAAGUAAAGCAUGGUACAUGUAUGAAUGUAAGACUUUAUAAAACUUUUUUCUGGGUAAUGUCAUGUUCAGUCUUGAACUGUAUGUAUAGUGUUUUUUUCUUGUUGUAAACUUGAAUAUGCAUGAGGAAGAACAUGAGGAAUAUUAAAAGCAGAAAUCCU